AUGAAGCUUAAUUUGUCAAUUGCUACUGUGCUACUCCUUUUAAUCGUAUCUACUGUUUCCUCAGUAAAAGAAAAGUCAACAUCGGAGUUUCCUCAGCAUAAAGCUUCAGUAUUGCUCGAGAAUAGGUCUGAUAAUCUGAACAUUGCACAGCAGGUUUUACUCGAUGGUUACCCUGAGCAAGCAAUCUACCUUUGGAGAACUUUUGGUUAG